GUGAUUCCCAAGGGCUCGGAUGGCCCGUACUUGUCGGCAGCCGAAUCGGUUUUUUGUCGGUUGCGUGGGGUAGGGAAGUCCUCGAUCCUCGAUGUCUGUGCACCGCCAUUCGAGUCACAAGCGACUGGCGGGCAAAUUCGCGUCCUGUUCGCCCAGUGGCAUGACGUAUCAGUUCUCCUGACCAAAUCGGCUUCAGCGACUUCAGGACGUCACUGGCCAAAGGCGUACCACGCAACAUGUUAGACAACACCGCCUUUAUUGUCGGUUUCCGUACGCCAUACUACCCAUUUCACUACGAGGCAACUUUGCGGGUGUACAAUGGUGUCAACCGGGACCUAGCAUUUCGACUGGUAUGCUACCACAAAGCGGGUAGCACGGUACGGUGCGAGGACCGUUUAUCCCUCCGUGCGCUACGGAAUAACCUGGUCACCCCACCAAAAGUGGAAGCCCGUGGGAAAAUGAAGACGGUGGCCGUACAAACCGAAGAAAAGCAGGGGGUUAAUGCAACUCCGGUAUCCGAGACCGAACCCAAUACACCAAAGACCACAGGGGACCCAACUCUAGUGACCCUCUUAACCCAAGUGGACAUGCAUGCGAGGAACCUGUUGAAAAUGUACCAACAGCAAUUGCACCAUAGGGACCGGAGCAUUCGAACUCCAACCAUGGGGCCGUCUACGCUGCCCUCAUCCUCAAUACCAACCACUGUUCAACCAACCACAUCACGUGCGGUACGAUUCAUCCGCACCAUCGAUCUGCCACGGCGCAGUCUACUCUUAACAUCCACCGAAACCACCCCGACAGAAACCGUUCGGGUUCCGGGAAGCCCGUCUGAGACGACUGACGAGAAGGGUAAAGACGGACUGAGAGAAGGGUAAAGCAUUUUAAACUCUCCAUAUAUGUGCGUUUCAGAGAAUCUGAUUAUUUCAGUUUUCUCUUGCGGGUUAAAGAACUCUCGCCGGACUCAAAAAUUAAGAUAAGAUUUUUGUACUGAAUAUUUGUAGUUAACUACCGAUUCCAAGUAAUUAAUCAAAACCACUUGAAGGAUCGAUUAAUUUCGGGUUCAAAAAAUAAGCACUGUACGAUAGUUAAUAAAGAUAUGGUUAAUAUGUUGUCCGUAAAAGAAAAUGUUUACUAUGGCGUUGAUAUCUACUGUCGUAUCUGAAUAUCCACAGGAGAAUGUAGGAGUAGGA